UGGCAAUCCUGGCAUGGAUUCUGCUGAUUGGAAGGCAAUCCACCACUACUUGCAGGCUGAGUUUGGAAUCCUUCGCCAGGAACUCUCAGACAUUGGUCAGAAGCUAGGCAAUGCGAGGUGGGACACAGAGAAGAUGUCAAAGGAUGUCUUCCAGCGGCGUGUGAGCAAUGCCGUGAUGAAACUGGAGAGAUCCGACUCCAUGCAUCGUCCUGUGACCCCAGUCACACGGAGAAUUUCCCUCAGCGUCGUGAGCCCACGACUGAGCCCACCCCCGCAAAUCGUGCACGUGGAGCACGAGACCGAGAAUGACAACUGCAAUUUCGAUGAGAAAGAAAUGAAAGAAACGGAAAAUCAAUUGACCCGCUUCGAUUCUGAAGUGGAGUCUGUUAAUGAAGUCGAGACAGAGAUCCAACCGGUGAUUACCGGGGACGGAUUUCCCCACGAGCCCGUCAUUGGAGAUCUCGUUGGCACCCCAUCUCUACCAGGCUCUAUGCCAUCAGAAAGCAAAGACAUUUUGACCAAAAAGAAUUCAAAAAAGUGGGAACAGGCAAGCCAAAGGUGGGCAGACAGCAUGGAAGGCAGCCAGCAGAAGCUGAACCUAUUCGAACACAAAAAAGAAACCGCAGAUGCCUUUGGUCGUGGAAUGGGUUUGGUCUCGAGAGCAGAAGAUGCCAAGCAAGAGAAAUCCUUCUCUUCCAAUUUCCACCGCCGGUGCUACAAGGUGGUGACCAGCAAUUACUUUGAGCUUUUGACCAUCUUUUUGAUCUCUUCCAGCGCUCUGCAAAUUGGACUUUCGACCAACUGGAUGGCGGAAAAUUUGGUCGACACGACGUCUUCAGAGCACAGAAUCAUUGAAGUUAUUUACUGCAUCAUCUUCACUGCUGAGCUGAUGCUUCGCCUCACGGCAUACCGGUUGGCAUUCUUCACACAGGUCGGCUGGGCGUGGAAUGUAUUCGAUCUGCUUCUGGUGGGCGUCCAACUUCUGGAGGAACUUCUCAUGGCAUUGUCAAGCGGAGGUGACGGUGCGGGCACUGUACAAGGCACUGUAGGAGCUUUGCAGCAGAUGUCUCCCACCACUUUGCUUCGCAUAGCUCGAGUCCUGAGAGCUGUGAGGGUACUUCGAAUUCUUCGAAUCGCUCUGAUGGCGGAGGACCUCCGUCUCCUCGUGAGCUGCUUGCUGUACUGUUCAAAGCCGUUCUUUUGGACAGCAGUGUUGCUGGGCCUGAUGAUAUAUAUUGUAGCCAUAUAUCUGACACAAAUUGUAUUAGUCUAUCGGGUGGAGGGCGACAUCGGUGUGAGCUUGAGCUUGGAGCCCUACUUCGGUUCAGUACCACAGUCCAUGCUAUCUCUGUUCCAGGGCAUGACCGGUGGAAUCGACUGGGAGAAUAUGGUGACACCGGUCUUCCGAGACAUUUCCACUCUAGCUGGCAGCAUGCUGGUAUUAUUCAUGGCUUUUGCCAUCCUCGGAGUGAUGAAUGUGGUGACAGGCACCUUUGUGCAAAAUGCUAUUUGUAGAGCAGAGGAGGUGAAAGACAUGCAGAGGGCAAUGAAAGCUCGCCGGUUGUUCAAAUCGCUUGAUGAUGACGAAACUGGACAAAUUUCCUUCAAAGAGAUUCUGAACCACACAAAGGACAGAGAAGUCCUGGCAUUCUUCCGGGAUUUGGAUAUUGAGCCAAGCGAGGCCAAGUUCCUCUUUGACAUGCUAGACAUCAAUCAGAGCGGCAGUAUUGAUUUCGAGGAAUUCUUGAACGGUUGCAUUCGACUGCAAGGGAGUGCGAAGGCGAUUGAUAUGCUGGUGGUGACUCGAGAGACCAGACUGGCUUUUGAGCAGCUCUCUGGCCACAUGCGACGAUUUCAGGCAGAGCUUUCAAUCCUGACGGAAAAACUCAUGGGGUGGAAGCGGCAGGAAUCCUAGGGAAUCCUCCUGCGGAGGGUUUCCAAUGGAAUUCCAAUGAUUUCCAAAAUGUCAAAAAAAAGACUAGUCAAAAAGGCCAUAGAUAGAGAUGGCAAGGGUGUUUAUUUCAACACGGUCAAUUCAGCUGAGCUGCUGUCCAAAGUCUCAAAAGUCCGGCGGUUUUUGCAUCCACCUGGCCGGAUGUUUUGAUGUCACUGCUGUGACUGCUCCAAACCUGGACUGGUCUACUAAUCACAGCAUGU